CCUCCCUCGCAGCCGCGGCCCCGCGCUCCCGCCUCCAGGCGGCUCCCGGAUUCCCGCUGCGGCUGCGGUUCUGGCGGCCGAGCCCCGCGGCGUUGCGGCUCAGGUCUGCGCGCCGACCCACCGCGCCCCUGCCUCGCAGCUCGCAGCCUCCUACUCCGCGCGCCGCGCUGCGGCAGGUGCCCCAGGAACCCCGGGGCGCGGUGGCCUGAGCCUGGCCGCCACCGAUGACCCGGGUCACGGACCUGCUCCAGCCUGGCUACCUUGCGUCUUGUUUUCUCGUCUGUGUUUGACACUGAGUCAUGGGGAGGAAGCUGGACCUGUCCAGUCUGACCGAUGAUGAAACCGAGCAUGUCCUCCAGGUGGUCCAGCGAGACUUCAAUCUUCGGAAAAAAGAAGAAGAACGGCUUAGCGAGAUGAAGCAGAAGCUGGACGAGGAGGGCAGCAAGUGCAGCAUCCUCUCCAAGCACCGGAAGUUCGUGGAGCACUGCUGCAUGCGCUGCUGCUCGCCCUUCACCUUCCUCGUCAACACCAAGCGCCGCUGCGGGGACUGCGCGUUCAACGUCUGCAAGAGCUGCUGCUCCUACCAGAAGCCCGAGAAGGUGUGGAUCUGCUGCGUCUGCCAGCAAGCCAGGCUUCUGCGAACCCAGUCUCUGGAAUGGUUCUACAAUAAUGUGAAGAGCCGUUUCAAGCGCUUUGGCAGCGCCAAGGUCCUGAAAAACCUGUACAGGAAACACCGGCUGGAGAGCGGAGCGGCCUUGGACAUCCUAGGAGGAAGCUUUUUUGAGGCAAACCUGGAGAAUGAAGGAAGUGUUUCAGGCAGUGAUUCAACAUUUUAUAGGCAAUCAGAAGGACACAGCAUGAUGGACACAUUGGCUGUUGCCUUACGCGUGGCCGAGGAGGCCAUCGAGGAGGCCAUUUCCAAAGCAGAAGCCUUUGGGGACAGCCUGGACAAGCAGAACGAGGCCAGUUACCUGCGGGACCACAAGGAGGAGCUGACUGAGGAACUAGCCACGACGAUCUUGCAGAAGAUCAUAAGAAAACAGAAGAGCAAAAGUGAGCAGCAAAUGGACGAAGAGCCAGAGUGGUCACAGCCGCAGAGCUGCAGUGCGAAGGCGGCGGAUGAAGGGACCGCGGCCUCCCCGGGAGGCCACCCUGCCUCCAGCAUCCCCUGGGUGAGUCUCCAGGCACGGUCCCCCACCAGAGGAGACGCCCUACAGACCUGUUCGCUGGAGGCUACGUCAAGGCAGCCAGGGAGCCUGGGCCAGCAGCCCCGGGAGGAGCCGGCGUGGCCCAGCUGGAGGAGCCUGGAUAGUCCGGACCAGGCAGACCGGGCCCCCGUGUUGCAGAGCCCCGACGGGAACUGGGUGGCCCUGAAGGAUGGCGCUCUGCCCCCCGCCCGCCUGCUGGCCAAACCUAAGAGUGGCGCAUUCCAGGCCCUGGAGGCUGCCUCCAGCGUGGCCUCCGCCUACGAGGAGAUGGGCUCCGACAGCGAGGAGGACUUCGACUGGAGUGAGGCCUUGAGCACGCUCUGCCCACGGCCCCAGGAUCUGCCCAGGAACCCCCAGCCUCAGCCCACACAGGCCCCAGGCUUGGACCACGUCCCCUCGGCCACCUCUGCCCCCUCCAGGCUCUCCCCCCGCCUCGAGGCCACGUGCUCCGACUCAGAGACGUCCUCCACGGGCUCCUCCCGGGAAACGGGGCAUCGUCGGGCCAGGCUGUCCUGGCUGCAGAGGAAGGCUCCCAGGACCCCUGUGGCGGAAAAGAUGCACCUUCAGGGGGAGCUGGACGUGAACUUCAAUCCCCAGGCAGCCGGCAGGGAGACCUCGGACAGCAGCGAGCCCGAGGAGGCCCCCCACGCGCCAGACCGGCGGGCCCGGAGGUGGAGAAGGGCCCGCGUGGGCUCAGAGGAGCCAAGCAAGGAGCUGUCUUCCCCCAACGCCCAUUCCCAGGAGCUGAACACCCACCAGGUGUUGGGUGACUCAUCAGAGACCGACCUCGGCAGUGAGAUCCGGCACCCCCGGACCCAUGCAGACACCACGGAGGAGAAAGUGAGAAACAAGUUGUUCGAGUUGGCGAUGAAAAUGAGUGAGAAGGAGACUUCUUCAGGGGAGGAGCAGGAGUCCGAGCCCAAGACGGAGUCCGAGAAUCAGAAAGAAAGUCUGUCCUCUGAAGACAACAGCCAGAGCAUCCAGGAAGAGCUGAAGAAGAAGUAUUCCGCUGUUUCUCUCUGCAACAUCUCCACAGAAGUCCUGAAAGUCAUCAACGCCACGGAGGAGUUGAUAGCAGAGUCGACAGGGCCCUGGGAGUUCCCCCCUGGCCCUCCUGACAGAGAGAAGGGGACAUUUCCUCUUGGGACAGACCAAGUGAGACUGGAUGAGCAGCUGACCUCCCUGGAAGAAAACGUGUACCUGGCGGCAGGCACUGUGUACGGACUGGAAGGCCAGCUGAAUGAGCUGGAGGAUGCCGCCCGCUGCAUCCACAGCGGCACUGAUGAGACCGAACUGGCAGAUCUGGAGGACCAGGUGGCCACGGCUGCAGCCCAGGUCCACCAUGCUGAGCUCCAGAUUUCUGAUAUUGAGAGCCGGAUUUCGGCCCUGACCAUUGCAGGACUCAACAUAGCACCGUGUGUGCACCUCACCAGGAAACGAGAUCAGAAGCAAAGGAACCAGGUACAAACAAUAGACACAUCAAGACAGCAGAGGAGGAAACUGCCUGCUCCACCAGUGAGAGCUGAAAAAAUGGAGGUAUCUUCAGUGACCAACACAAAAAUAUUCAACCGCAACUUCAUUCUCCAAGGCUCCUCGACAAACAGGAAAAGCACCACCAAGGACUUGAUGGAGCCCACUCUGGAAUCCGCUGUGAUGUAUUAGUGCCACGGAGCUCCACUGCCAGUGACCCACUGCCUCCGGCGUACACGACAGUGCCUUGACCCAACAGCCAUUGAAUACCAUAUGGAUCUCCGCCUGAGGAGAGGGCCUGGGAGCCACGGUGCACAGGGCUGUCCUGAUACCUCACCCAGAGAGCGGUCCCAGGCAUCGGCACGGCGGUCUUGCCCGCUCUCUGCCUUAGGCUCCCAGGAGAAGCCAGGACAGAAAACCGAGAUGCUGGCUUCCAACAGCAGAUCUCCACGUCCAAAAAGGCAUCAUGUCCCUGUCUGCUUUGCUGUGUGUUGUCUUUGUGAUUGGUUUUUUGUUGUUGUUUUUUAUUUUAUCCUUUUGAUCCAACUAGAAUGACCUAUCAACAAUUUGUCCAAAGAAAAAUGGUUGGGUGGGGGUGGGGGUGGAGGGAAGGGAGGUGGGUGUUUUCAUUUAAUUCAUUAUCAAUUCUUAUUAAUCUCUCACAAGCAUCUUACCUUGCAAAUGCUGAGGGAAAAGGUGAAAAUGCCCCUGUAUGAGCACUAGGGGCUGUCACAAUUGGAGAGUGCUCGCCCAUCAAGGAUGCAGGUCUCCCUUCAGCCACCUCCUUCCUGCUAGGCCCCCAGCCCACCGCACCACCAGUCAUUCCCAUUGCUUUGCGAUCACCAGCCACAGAAUAGAAGGCUCUGCCUCACCCAUGCCAUGCCCAGGCCCAUUUGAAACUAUGGCUCAUUGAGAAUUUAGGUUCUUCCUUGGACUUCCUGAGACUUUCCCCACUCUGGAGUGGAGAGGGGCUUGAGAAAGCCCAUCACUGGCUUAACUUUAGGGCACUGUCCAGAACCAACGUGACAUGGGUUAGUGAUGACCGCCUCUAAAUGAGGUGUAGCUCAAUGCAUUAUCGCAGACUAUAGCCACAUGAGAAAAUGUUGUCCUCCAAAAUUUACUUCCCAAUAAAUAUUCAGUCGAAGUAGUAAAAUGACCAUAAAGACAAAAAUAGUUAAGGAGUAUCCAGAAAACGUACAGGACAAACUGUGAAUUUAAUGGACACUGAGUUGACACUAACUCUAUGUUUCAGGUCUCAAAUGCAUGACUAUGUAGACUGUGUUUAUAAAAGCAAAUGGAACUGGAAUUUCACUCAAUUGAUCAUUCUGCUAAUAUAUUCUGAAUCUAAGGAAGAAGGCAAAGAUCGGAGGCAAGGGAAUAGUAGGACCGAUGUUUAUUCUUCUUCUCAUUUUAAUCCUUAGAGCGACCCUAUUCAGUAGGUAUCGCCAUUUUUUAGAUUUGGAGACUGAGGGCCAUAGACAUUAAUUUGCAAAGUCACACCUGGGAGCUAAGUGUAAUUAGAAUGCCUCACGCUGAAGAGCCUCCCUCUGUCUCUGUGUUGUUUCCAACGUCUCUGUUCUUCUGCUGGCAGGCACAUUCCCAGACCUGACACGCUGCUGAAAUGUGUGUCGUGGUGCAUUCCUGAUGGGGGUCUAACUAUCUUCCAAUAAUUAUUCUUGCUGAUGCUGUGUAUGUCUUCUCCAACAGAAAUAAUGCCUUUGAAAUAAAGUAAAUCUUUGGUCUUUUGUUCUGUUGGUAUGGUUCAAAGCAAACAAAUUCAAAUUUGAAAAACACAACAAAAAAGAUCUGGUUCCCAAUAGAACGUUUUCUUUAGGAGGCACGAAAGCAACCAUUGUUGUGUUACAGUGUUUAAAUAUUCAGUUUUCCUUGACGAAAAUGUGUACUGUGUGAGCCUUGCAAAAAAAAAAAAAAGAAAAAGAAAAGAAGAAGC